AAAGAGGUGAAUGUCCUCAGCAGAGAGCAGAGAGGCUCAUUCAGCAGAAUGGUGGAGAGACACGAGUUUGUUAUUACAAAAGGGGGAAUUUAUAAUGUUAUUACAUGCAAACCGUGUUAUUAUUGGAAGUAAUCACUCAGAGGGAUUAAAUACGACUUUAUGAGGAAUACUAAAUGACAACAGAUCCCAGCAGCAACCUCUGCACAGAAUGACAGCAUGUCUUUUGGGUAAAAGUUCAGGGAGGUGGAGGAGAGGAUGGUGUGCUUCAGCGACGAGGAGUCUUUCGUCUAACCAUGCACUGAAGCCCCUGGUUCCCACCCUCUGCCUGGUGGUCGUGGUGAUAUACGGCCUGGCUGACAAACUCAGAAACUUUGUGGCCGGCAUCUUCAUCCCUCAGUACCACUACCCCUACGCAGUGGCUCUCUGCUUUGGCCAGGUGCUGGUCUCUCUCUUAUUCUUAAACCUCCUCCAUGUCCUGGAUCUGGUGCCUCUGAAGCAUUACUCCAGGUCGCUCGGUGAGAGGUUGCUAGUGCCCUCCAUCUGUAUCAGCAUCCAUGGGGUGCUGGCCAUGUGGGCCAAAGCCAGCAGCUCGUACGUCGGCCUCUUCCCGCUCAUGCUGCCUCUGCUGCCCAUGCUUACUGUGGGCUUCAGUUUCACUCAGAAGCUGGCAUCUCCUCCGUCUAUCCACAUCUCCGUUCUGAUUUCCAUACUGGGUGGGACAUCGUUUAUCAUCACAGCCUCCCGGGGUCUGUCAGGUGUCGAUCCUCUGGAGUACAUGUAUGCACCUGUGGCUUUAAUCCUCCACAGUCUGUCUCUGACUUGGCUGGCUAAAGUGUCUGAAGCCAAGUGCCGCAACUCGCCCGAUGCCCAAGCCUCCAUUUUUGACAUCUACUACACCCAGCUGGUCAACCAGAGCUGGGUGCUGGGCCUCCUGUGGCUGCUGCACCCGCACAGUCCCUGGAAGGUGUUGAGUCACAGCAACUGGCAAAGCCUGCUCUUCCACGGAUACCUGUUCGCUAUUCUCCUGCUGGGGAUGGUGCUGAACUUCCUGGUCGGUAUGUCGGCUCUGUGCGUCUCGCCGCUUGCUGCUGCACUGCUACACUCGGCGAGGCAGGUGAUGCAGCCGUUCCUCCAGCUUUUGUAGUUUCACUCUUAAGGACUAUAGAAAAACCAUUGACUGUUUUGUACUUCAUCAACGAGACAUGCACUCAUUGUAAUUCAAUCUCCACAUUAAUGACCACAGCGUCAUUUCAUUUUAUGGAGA